AUGCCGAAGCCACGAAGCCGAAGUCACGAAGCCGAAGUCACGAAGCCGAAGUCACGAAGUCAAAGCUACGAAGCCAAAGCUACGAAGUCAAAGCCACGAAGCCAAAGCCGCAAAGCCGAAGCCAAAGCCACGAAGCCGAAGCCACGAAACCAAAGCUACGAAGUCAAAGCUACGAAGUCAAAGCCACGAAGCCAAAGCCGCAAAGCCGAAGCCAAAGCCACGAAGCCGAAGCCACGAAACCAAAGCUACGAAGUCAAAGCUACGAAGUCAAAGCCACGAAGCCAAAGCCGCAAAGCCGAAGCCAAAGCCACGAAGCCGAAGCCACGAAGCCGAAGCCACGAAGCCAAAGCCGCGAAGCCGAAAAGCCGAAGCCACAAAGUCGAAGCCAAAGCCACAAAGCCGAUGUCGAAGCCACGAAGCCAAAGCAACGAAGCCAAAGCAACGAAGCCAAAGCCACAAAGCCGAAGCCACGAAGCCAAAGCUGACGGAAAAGCCGAAGCCAAAGCCACGAAGCCAAAGCCGACGGAAAAGUCGAAGCCAAAGCCGCGAAGCCGAAGCCACAAAGUCGAAGCCAAAGCCACAAAGCCGAAGCCGAAGCCACGAAGCCAAUGCUGA